AUGUCUCGCGCACAGUUUAUCAUCGACCUCUGCCUGAGGUUCGCGGCUGGCCAGUUCGAUCGCCUCCAUGCGGCCGCAAAGGGCUGGCAGAUGUUCCAGGUAUUGGUCGUUAUCACACAGCUGCUUCAGGUCAUCGGCCAACACUCGCACCAGCACCAGAGGUCCCGCUCGCAGCUCAGGGUCGCGGUCGCGAUGCUGUCCGCCCUGCGCCUGGCGCGGGCGUUGUCGCUCGUGGUGGUGACCGACGUGAUCCGCCAGCACCGCUCUUUCAGAGAGUUGAGGGUCAUGGUCCUCUCGCUCACCGGAGCGGUGAAGUCCCUGGCGUGA